GGAUCGCGCCGCCACGGGCCAGACAAGGACAGACAGCUCGCCACCGAGCCACACAGCUAGGCCUCGGCUUCCAGCUCGCUAGUCGCUAGUCUGUCCGCCUGGCUCUGCCGAGAAACUUGUGACGCUGCGCGAGUGAAGUGUUAAUGGUGUGUGUGCCCCGAUUGGAUAUCGCCUCGCAGCUUUCAUGGAAAGGCACGGGACGUCCCUGCACUCGUCCCGCAUGAAAAAGGAGACCCGCACUUUUGUCAGCCGGAGAAUGUAGCCCUUCCACUCCGCUGAAAUGAUCGGCAAACGAAUAAUGAAAGCAAUCCAGAAAGGCCUUUGUUUUGUACUCCUGUGGGGAAUUUUCGUACUGGCUUUCCUUCACUUUCGGGACCACAAGUUUCGCGGGCUAAUGCGAUCACCCAACGAUGCGGUGAAUUCAAGGCUUCUCUUAGAACAGGAUGUGAGAAGCGAUGCGUCGGCCGGAUCAAGCUCCACUCAGCAUCUCAACAUACUGCUCAACCUGGAGCCAACCGUGGAUAAAACCCCCAAACAAUCGGAGGCAUCCCUAAUAGCACAGAUAGAGGAGCGCUUCCCGAGUCUCCCCAUCGUUUACUGGAACAAACACAAGAACAAGCCCAUGUUUUACAAGAAUGACAACUGCGCGAAAUUUCCCAGCAUCUACGAGCUCGAGUUUAACAAUAUCUACUGGCAGACUCUCCACUCCUCCAACGGGACUUUCUAUCUGUACGGGGCUUACUACGACGUCCGGAAGCUGAGCCGCAUCGGCCCCGCCGUAAGGAUCCUGGGCAUGCUUAACCGAAUCGAACCCAAGAUGGUGACGCACUGCCAGUUCUGGUUCGAGAACGAGAAGGAGCCAGUCGUCAACAAAGUGAUGGAGUACAAGUAUGUUUGGUACAAGAAGUGGGGCAACUACAAACAGGGGAUCCUUCAGCCUUAUCUUAUCACCUGUCAGAUCCCGGCCAGCCACCACAAGAAGGUCCCCGCGUCCGUCUCCAUCGUCGAGAAGAUUUGCGACGUGGCCACCAACAACCUCCGGGUCAUCUACAAUCGGCCGCCUAAGAAGAAAGGUUUCGGCGUUUGCGUUAAAGGGCUCGACUUCAUCCACGAGGAUCUAUCCGUUCGACUCGUCGAGUGGAUCGAGCUCCUGGGCAUCCUCGGGGCCGACAAGAUAUUCUUCUACGAGCUCCAAGUCCACCCCAACGUCUCGAGGGUUCUCAACUACUACAAGAGCAAAGGGCGAGUCCACGUCACUCCUCUCACCCUACCCGGCGGCCAGCCCAACCUCCCAGUCUUCCAACACCUCUACCUUACCAAGAAAGUCAACUACAAGCGGCAGAACGAGCUGAUCCCAUACAACGACUGCCUGUACAAGAAUCUCUACACCUACGAAUACAUCGCCCUGCUGGAUAUUGACGAAGUCAUCAUGCCGGUGAAGCGACGCACCUGGCGGGAGCUCAUGGAUGACGUCAUGGUGAAAGCGCUCAAGAUAAAGAACGAGACGCGGGCCUCGUACAACGUUCGCAACGUCUACUUCCUUGACGAUCUGAUCCACUCGCACGGGUGGUUCAAAGACAUCCCGCGCUACAUGCACAUGUCGCAGCACGUUUACCGGAGCAAGAACUUCACCAAACCGAACCAAUACGUCAAGUGCUUCCACAACCCUGAGCGGGCGCUCACCCUCCACAACCACUUCCCGCUGGCUUGCCUGAGUCAGGGCUGCACCUCCUACGCCGUCGAGACGAGCGACGCCCAGCUCCAGCACUAUCGGGCCGACUGCGUCAACUCGCUGAAAAAGACCUGCACCGAGUACAGGUCGAACAGUGUGGCCGACACAACCAUCUGGAAGUACAAAGAUGAGCUUAUCGCAAAGACCUUCGAGACGCUCAAAGUUCUCGGGUUCUUCGGCGAGAUCACGUGAUGCGGAAGCCGUGGAUGGCUCCUGCUUUGUCUCAGCGACGGGCUCCACUUUGGAUCCGCUCUCUGCCCGAGUGGACGGAGAUCGCCGACGCCACGCCAUGCCGCAAGGCGCUACCCUUCUCCUGGGGUAUGUCUGCGUCUGCAAUCACGUCACCGAUGAUGACGCUACUAGGUGCAGGUCUGUGUCACCGACGGACGUUACCUCCGAACAUACCUGUCACAACUGAGAUGUGUGUGCGCGUUUUUCAAGUUUCACCAUCAGUAAUAUAGGUAGAAUGGAUUUUGAUAGAGAGAAAAGAGAGAUUUGAAAUGUUUUAAUUGGUAUGUAGAGCAGUUGUCAUGCGCUACCUGCACACUUAUGAUAGGAGGGAAUUCUGUUAUGAUACAAUUUUACGAAAGACAAUUGCCAUAACAAGACCAGAGAUGUUAUCUACUAACAACGCAGCCAUAUUGGAGCAACUUUGCCCAAAACGUUAACGUAGGUUUGGAGUUAAGCGACCUGGGCUACUGGUGUCAGUUAAACGAUUUAGAUUCAGUUUAGCUGUCUUAUAAGCUUUGAUGAUAUGCAGAGCUGUGAAAAAUUCUAGUGCCUAAGAUUUUCCUAUCAAUUCUUUUAUAAAAUCUGAAUAUUAGACAUUCCGCCUGUAGAUUUAUAACUAUACAUCUCUAGUCAUUUUGAAAAAUUCUCUUUCCUCUGUUCUUUUUAAUUCGUAUGAGUGCAUAAGCAUCUGAAUUGAAUCCAUCUGAGUUUAGUAUGAGGUUCUAUAAAUGUUUAAUGAAAUAAACAGGAGUGACCUAAAACCAAUACUACCUUUAUACUGCAGUUACAGAUUUACUUUGAAAAAACAUUGCAAUGGUGAAAAGCAUACUACGUAGUGGUUACUACCUGAACUUCUUUUGCAAGUUAUAUGUAGAUUUAAUGAAGCUGCUCCUGUUGACACUUUCAGUUGCUCUUCAUAAAUCAGCAACUACUUUUAACAGAUUGAAACAUUUUGAGCUAUCUCAAUAUCAUUGGCUACCUCUUUGAAGUACACAUAGAAAAGAUAUUUUGUACUUUUGUGGUGUGAGGUAACAACUGAUCUAAAUUUUAUGCCAGCUAGACCUUACCUAUUCGUAACAUGUUGAAAAGAAGAGAUAAGAUACACAAACCCACCUUUAAAGGUUGGGAAACGGCUCCAAAAUGGAGUGAUUCUUUAAUCCUGCAUAUUACUUUAUAAACGCAUCCGACCUUGUUUGUAAAAACUAGAAUGAUUCUAAACUGUGAGCGUUUUGAAACCACUAAAAAGGAUUGCUCAAAUUCAUCGAGGAAAUUUUUCCGCUUAAGUACUCAAAGAAAAGCUGAGAAUGGCAUAAUAUUUCAGUUAAAAAACUAUUCUCACCUUUAUUGAGAAACACCGAUGCAAUUAGAUUAUGGAAAUAGAAUGUAGGACUUGUACAGAUAUUAUUAAAAGAGAAAAAAAAAGAUCUAGUCGUUUACUUAGUAACAGGGUUUUAUCAAUUUAUUAUUUAUAUUUUCAAUAAUUUAUUUACGAAAUAAUGUGAGAUAGUGUAAAAUGCAUUCAAGUAUACAUCCUUGGUAUUUAGAUUGCCACGAAGGAGAUCUGCAGGGUUUAAAUAAAUCGUUUUACUAUAUGCCCUACUUCAUCUAUGAAAUUGAAUACUGGAAAGACUUUGACUUGAGAGUUGGUACUUACUAGCAAACCUUCGAUAAGCCCACAUCAAGUAGAAGCCUGCGAUUAACUGCUGACUGUCCAUGUAAAGAGAUUGAGCAAACACUUAACAAUUGUCAUAAGGAAAAGUGAAAGUUGUUCUAAUCACAUUUUGAGAGUCUCAACAUUCUCAAUUAACAGAGAAAUGACUUAAAACGGGACUAAGGCCGCAAAUAAUAAAAA